CCCUGAAGUUUACAGGCAGUAAACAUGAAGCGGCUUAGGGCAGGAGUAAAAUUGAACAUCCUGUUUUGUCUGAAAUUGAGGCGGUUGUUUUUUCGCUUUUUUUCUUUUCUUUUUUUUCUUUAGAAGCUUUUUGGAAUGAAGUGCAUCAUAGGAUCCCAGUGUUCCUGCCUGGAUAGCAAGCUGUCAGGAUAUUUAUGGAUAAAUGGCAAACCUGCUUCAGGCAGACGAUUCAAGCCAAGGGAAAGCUGCUCUGUUUAUUUGUACGGCCAUUUAACCUUACGACAUCUGCACUAAAAAUGGUCUCAGAGAGGAGGAAAUCUGGGACACAGCACAGCUCAAAGAAGUGCUCCCUGCACUCCUCCAUGCCCUUUGCUUGCAGUGCAGUGGGCAGCAGGAAGCACCAUGAGCACCCAGGGACUUUCUCUUACCCCUACUGGGAACAAAGCUUUUUUUUAAUUCCCUUUUUCCUGUGCAUGAAGUAGGCAAUGGAGCAGCGACUGGAUUUUUGCUUCUGAGCUGCCAUUUGGAGCCUGCCCACCACGGUGCUGCUUCCUCUUGGCAGGUCGCAGGUGCUGUGCUGCAGGCUGUCGGGCUCUUACGGUUUUUCUUAUGGAUCAGAUAACUUUGGUGGUUGGUAGGAGGUGGGCUGGGUGUGCGUGCACCCAAAGUGCUGCAGGAAACCAAACGCUUGGUGCAGGGGUAGCUGGAGAUAGCAGGUGCCACUGCAGUGAUACAUGAGCAGGGAAGGGCAGCACUGUAGAGAUGGAGGCUUCAGCUUGGGGCCCUUCCCACUGCUCCCUAGAGGAGGAGAACCAGCAAUUUAGUGGAUACAGCAAACAGAGUUCAGGUGCCAAAGAAAUGCUCUGAUUAGCAUUUCUCCCCUUCACUUUAGGUCUGCUGGUGAAGGUGAGCGGCUCCUCUGGGACACCUUUGUGCAUAUGUCUGGCUAUAUAUCUGAUCUGCUGCCUUGUGAAAGUCUUAGUUUUCUUUUUGCUGUGCCUCAGCUUCCCCUGUGGUGCACGCUAGGGGUUUCAAUAUUCCCUUGAGAGACUGUGGGGCUGGACUCCUAAAGGCAAAAGCAAAGCAAAGCAAUGAGACACCGAUGUAAAAUGCCAAAUCAGGGUGAAACAUGCUCUCUGAGCCUGAUGUUGCUCCUUCCACCUUCCACCUACACAAUCCGUAACUUAAUGACCUCCAAAUUCUUGGCUUAAAACCCCCAGGAGCUCUGCCUGGCCCUCGAGCAGGACCAGAGGGUGGUUGGGAGUGGAGGCAGCAGCUCCUUUACCCUGGCCGCCUCUAUUGCAGGAGGGCUUCCCCAAAAACCUGGGGCUCAACAGCAUCUCUCCCUCCUUGAAGGGGAGGAAAACCUCACAUCAUGCCACAAAAAUGCUCCUCAGCCCUGCCCAAGCCUUGGAGCAAUUCCCAGGCACCAUCCAGAGCAGCUCGUGGAGCCUGUUAGCUCCUCACAGGAGUCAAACAUAUCCUGAGGAGCCAUAAAAGAGGAAUCCUGCCCAGGAGCCAGCAUGGAGCAGAAGAUCAGCUCUUUCUUUAAUUCCAUCUUGGAACUUGUUCGCACCAAGCACAAGGAGGGCGUCUUCAACACCGUCUGCCUCGCGGUGCUGUUGGGCCUGCCCUUCGUCGUCCUCAUCGGGUCCAUCUUCAUCUGCUGCCACUGCUGCUUCUCCCACUGGAGGAGACAGAGCAGGAAGAGGGACAGCCCCAGCAGCAACGGGCAGCUGCAGGCCGAGAGGAACAAGAAGAAGAAGAAGAAGAAGAAGAAGGAUGAGGAGGACCUGUGGAUCUCGGCUCAGCCCAAGCUGCUCUUGCUGGACAAGAGGCCAUCUCUGCCUAUCUAGUGACCAACUCUGAUGUCUCCAGUCCUUCCAGCUGUGCUACAAGGAGAUGCCCAAAAUGCUGCCGCUUUAUGGUGACUUUGAAAAGAGGCUGAGCCCAUCAGUGGGGUAUCAGAGGGCCGGCACAGAGCAAGGCCUGUAGACAUGGGUUUAUGCCCCCCUACCAAGGUGAAACCCUCUGCAAAGGACAGACGGCCUGCUGAGCCACCAUGAGGCCACGCUCACUCUCACCUUGAAGAUGCAAGGCAAGCUGAGUGCAGCAUUACAGUACAGUGCAGACAUCCUGGCCCUCCACCCCGAAUCAAAAGCAAUACGAGUUUCGCAGGAUGCGCUCAGCCCAACCUCAGAAACCUCAAGUCCCAGCCUAAGGCAGCAAAGCAGAAGGCCAUGCUGCCACUCAGCCUAGAGGCAGGAAGGAGUCAGGAAGUUGCAAGACCAGCCCUUUUUGCACCAGCACCUAAAAAAUCUUCCUUAAAAGACUUUUUUUGUACAGACUUGCUUUUAAAGAGCCCACCAUACUGCAGCAAAGGCUGCAUCACCUCUAUGCUACUGCAGGAGCGGAGACGUAAGCUGACGCUGCGUAACAGCUUAGCUAUGGCUAUUAAAGUUAUUUAUUGAAUGACUACUAAAGAGCAGGACCAAAGGCCCCUCUGUUACAGGGCUUGGUGCACUGAAUUGCUAUUGGAGCAGCAGACACUUUCCCAGCACAGUCCUCCCCAUGUCACACAUCAGGGCCACGCACAGACCCACGAGCACACACCACUGCCAGCUGCUGCAUGGCCAUCAGCACAGCUAGAUCUGGGACUGGACCUUGCACUCAUCUCCCUCUCCAUCUCCUUCAUCUCUCUUCCUGGCAAAGCCACCAGCUCCUGGCAGUUCCUUAUGUCACCCAUCCCAGUUUGUGCAACACCAGCAGGGUGGUGAUGCUAACAUCACGUCACGGGGCUUGGCUCUGUCUGGCUGCACUGAUGACAGCCUCAAGGCUCCUCACCACACAAGGGCUUCAAAUUGCCCCCAUAUGUGCCUUAUAUUCCAGUUUACUUUGUGACCAUUAAAAUAAGCGACUCCCUCCUCCUCCGAAACAGGAAGCGAUGUAUAAUGGUAGAAAACUUUCAGGCUUUGCCACACAUACAUCCGUCCCCCACCCAGGUACUUUUCCCCAGUUUUGGCCAAACCAUGCACUGAACCACUGCAUCUCAAGACAAAAGCAAGAGAGCUGUGUCUAUCAGCAGGGUGACAGCCAUCUGAGCACGAAGGCGAGAGCAGCAUGGUACGGAAACACGGCUGCACCCCCCCCCCCACCACUGCCUCCCCACAACUGCACUUCAGUAUCAGCCUUUUCCUAAAGAGUCCAUGCAACA